ACCCCAAUGGGAUGGCAGUGUUCCAUGCAUGGCGGCUGAUGGGACCAUGGCACACCACCAGGGUCCAUGCACGGUGACCAUGAACCACAAGGCCACCACCACCACCACCCACAUCCAGCCCACCUGGACCCACAGAUCCUGAACCUGGAGCCCCCCCAGCCCCACAUCCCCUGCAGGGCUCUAUAGGGACACCGAUGGGACACCCGACCUGCCACCCCAUAAGGGUUCUGGGGGUCCCUCCUUUGCUGCUGCCCCCAGGAGCAGAGCCACCAUCCCCCCCUUCCCCAUCCAGAAGCUGUGGGUCGUCCCCAUCCCAUCACCCCACAAGCUCGGGGCUCUCCCCAUCGCUCACCCCACAGCGUGGCCCCAAUCCAGGGGGCAGCAGCACUGGGGAGCCCGUGACAAACAUCCCCCAUGGGGACACUGCUGUCCCCAAAUGCCACCAGGUUGGGGCUCCAUUGACACAGAGGGAGGGGACCGUCCCCAUAAGUGGCACCGGGGCAGGGAUCGCAGCCCAUCAUCACCUCAUCCCAUCCCCAUCCCCGGUCCCCACCACGACGCCACCUUCACUCUGCCCCCGACUCCGGGUGCCCCUCAGCAUCCAGGCACCCGUUCAGCUGUGGGUCGGGGGCUUGUGGGUCGUAGUCCUCAUCCAAAAAGUCCAAGGAGUUGUUGCUGGGCAGCCCCCGGAUGGUGAAUUUAUGGGACACUUUGGUCCAAUGCUCGCGGUUGCUGGCGACGCGCUCGUAGAGCUCGGAGGCUUUGGGGAACAGGUCCUGCAGUAACCUGGAUGGGGAGGAGGACGGGGGGCAACGUGGGUCAUCAACCCCAACGUGGGUCCAUCAACCCCAA